AUACAUUAAUGUUAAUUAAACAAUUUUAUAUUGGAAAAUACGCUAGAAGAAAAAUAUUAUGUAAUAUUCUUUAUUCGAAGAAGGAGAUAGGAAGAAUCAUUUUGAUAUUUUGCCAAAUGCGUGUGGAAGUUCGAACAAGAGUGACUUGUAUGGAUACUCAAUUUUUUUACAUUCAUCGAAUUUCUCUGGUCGCAAUUGGGUUAUGGCCUUACCAUCGAACAAUGCUUGUUCAACUUCAGUCUUGUGUGUUUUCUUUUAUUAUGAUUAGCUGUAUUAUAUUUCAGCUUACAACAUUUCUAACUACAGAAUGGACUAUUGACUUUAUCAUUGAAGUUCUUUCUACAUCGCUUGUUGUUUUUUUGUGCGCGAUUCAAUAUAAUUUUAUUUGGAUUAACACACAUGUUGUGAAACAUAUAUUGGAAAACCUUCAGUAUGUCUGUAGCGAGUUAAAAGACGAAAACGAAAUUGCUAUAAUAAAAAGAUAUGGACACGUAGCAAAAUGUAUUUCAAUUGGAUUAACGUUGUUGGCGAUGUGCGGUUUGUUCAUCUUAACUCUUAGUCCAAUUCUGCCGCGGAUUUUUGGCUUUUUUUUCCUCGUAAAUGAAUCCGAGUCAUAUCGCAAUAUAUAUAUCAGGACUGAAUAUUUUGUCGAAGAAGAAAAAUAUUUUUAUUUUAUUUUGCUGCAUCUGUACGCAGCCCAAUACAUAGCAAUAGGUACAUUAAUAGGAGGAGGAAUAUUGGUGAUAGGAUACUCUACAUAUUUUUGUGGAUUAUUUAACGUUGCCCGUUACCGUAUCGAACAUGCAAUGCGGAUAAAUAGUGACGAAGUAACUAAUUGAAAGAACAAGAGGGAAAUCGACAAGAAGAUAAGUCAUGCAGUGGACAUUCAUCGCACAGUUCUUGAGUUUAUUGAAAUCUUUCUAUAUAACUUCGAGGGAACAUAUCUUCUUAUAAUAGCGAUUAUUGUAAUUUGUUUGAGUCUUAAUCUGUUUGGAGUAAGAAUUUUAGUAAAAAACUAAAUCUUAUAAUUAUUAAAUUUUUUCUUCACCACUGCAACAAGACAUUUAAAUUGAUAGGAUUUGGAGCUGUAGAAAACUAUACGUAGACGAUCCAAAAGUAAUGAGAUUGGUUCUGCUAGAAAACUUAAAAGAAUGCAAAGUAACUAUAUACCCACAACACUACACACUUGUAUCUGAGAAUAUAUUUUCUAUCAACUUUGAAAAUUCUAUUCAUCGAUCACCGAUUCACCGAUCGGUUCAGUUAGUGACCAUUAAUGAUCGAUCGCGUAAAUAUUGUUUGCAAUUUACCCCCGGAAAAGAAUAUGGAGAAACAAAGUGACCAACGUUAUGCGAUUCUAUUUUAAUGUUCUGUUAAAGAAAUCGGCUUCGGAUGCUUAUGCGAUGUUAUAAGAAGUUUUUAAAGAACAUUAUUAAUAUCACUUGCAAUAUGUUUUCGUUGGUAUGUCGCGUUUCUGGCCGGGAGUUCCGGUCGUGAGAGCACAGAAUACGAGGGGUCAAAGGCGAGGAUUAAAUAGAUUGCAAAACAAUGAAGGCGCAGUGCAAACAGCUUUUCAAAGAUAGCUUAGAUUUCAUCUUCCAAAAGUGAAAAACGCGCUGGGAAAAGUUCGAUGCAUUCAAUGGAGUUCUAGUUUCUUAGAAAAGAAACAUUGUAAAUUUAGAUUAAAAAUAUAGUUUUGUAUUUUUUAUAGCAUUUGUCUCAUUACUUUAUGGACCGCCCUCGUAAGUAGAAUGAGAUAACAAUAAGUGUGUAUGUGUUGAAUUUAUCUUAUUAGUAGAAUCAUUAAAUAUAUAAGAUAUUUCAUGUGAGAAACAUGUUGCUAAUUGACAAAUAAUUUAAAAGAUCUAUAUACAUAUAUAUAUGUAUAUAUAAAUUCUUUAAUAAUAUCUAUUAUAAAAAAGUGUAUGUGUAAUAUAUUAUUUUAGAUCUUUCACGCCAUUGGUUUUGUAUUUAGGUUGGAAAAGUUUCUAUUACACUGUGGGUUUACGCUUAGCACUUUAACAUGUUCAUUAGGAAUCAACUGCAUGGGUCAAGCGAUUACAGAUCACUACAAUUACAUAUUUUUAACGGCGUAAGAUUUAACGGCGUAAUAAACUAAAGUCGUCAAUAUUAAAUUUAUACAAAUAUAUUAACAUACGCGUGAAUAACAAUCAACGUGAUAUUGCACAUAUAAUAUUUGCCAACAUCGUCUAUACAAUAUGUAUUUCUAUCCUACGUUUUUUACCAUCAACAUUUUUCAUAUUUUAAAUUAUCAUUUUCAAAUACUCAUUUUAUUAUUUACCUAUUAUUUCGCAGAUAUAACGUCCGAUGGUACAUUGCACCCGUACGCGUGCAAAGAUUAAUAUUGUUUCUUUUGCAAAAAGGUACUAAGUCUUAUAGCAUGAAAUUCGGUGGUGUUUAUACAAUGUCUUUAGAAAGCUUUGCCUCGGUAAAACUAUUACACAUUAUGCGUCAAUAUGUAUAUAUAGUAUACAUGAGAUAUGUAUGUACUAAAAACGAAAAUGACGAUUUCAUUGCAGCUAUCAACUACAUCAAUAUCGUAUUUUACUGUUAUAUAUUCUAUACAAAAGUGAUAUUACUAUGAAUCAGCUAAUUAUGUUAAAACCAACUAGUAAACUCGAAAGUAGGAACUUUCUUAAACGUUCCGUUCUUAAAUAAUUGGUGCUUGUAAUUGUCAGAAAAUGAAUAAAGAGAAUGAAACAUCUC